CGAGAAGACGCAAAAUAGUAAUAAUAAACUGGUAUUGAUAUGAGAUUUUACAAAACUUAUGUAAUGAGGCGCUGACAGUCGUCGCAGAGUUUUUCGAACAGCUGAUUUAUCUAAAAAUGGAUAAAUAUAAGCCUUGGCAGUAUGAUGGUUAUUUGCGGCUGUUAGCUGGUCCAGGGUACUAUGAUAAACCAGAAGGAACAGACCCCUUGGGAAAAUUGUGGGGUAUCAACAAAUAUGCGAUCGCGUCAGGAAUAUUUUUUGGAUUGGGCGAUUCUCUGAUUUACACUCAGACUAAGAAUGUUCUUGAAACAGCAAAUUGCUUCGGGUAUUACAUAGUACCGUUCGUGGGCUUAGCUUCAGCGUUUGCCUGCGGAACUUACAUUUCAACUGAUCUGAGGAAAAAAGAUGACAAGUUUAAUUAUGUUGCUGGAGUGGUGUCGUGUAUGCCGGUCCUUUACGCCUGGAAGAAGACGGCAUCUUUCACUUUCUGGGGUGCUGCAAUGCUGCUCUUCGCAGCUCUUGUGAAAAAAGAUUCCAAAAUGAACGACUGGACAAUGUUGAACUACACAUCCCACUACAAGUACGGAAACUUCAAGUACGAUAUGUCGCUUGUUUCCAAAGAGUGGCCAAGAAGACCAAUCUAAAUUAUUUGUAUUAUCACUACAUUAAAAAUAAUUAAUUUAAUAAAGUUAAACCUAGAUGUAUAUUCAAGUCUAAGUUUAUUGAUGAAUAGUUACGUAAAUUUGUUUUAGAAUUUCAUCAAUGUAUUUAUAUGAUGGUCAUGAGGGUAAUAAAUGAUCUUAAAUUAUA